UUUUCCAUCAAAAGUGAUGUCAUUCACUAAACAACAACUGCGAGGAACCCGUUCAGCGUAAAUAGAAGUUCUUUUCCGUUCCCGUAAAGUUAACGCAACCAGCGGCUAACCCAAUGGCAGACCCAAAGUUCCAAUAUUUGCCUUACAUCGCUCACGACCAACCCGACGUGUACGAGACACCGGACGUGAACGAAGCCGAAACGUCCGAUUACGACGAGGACGAACCCGUAAACGAUGCGAUCGAGCGGCUGCACAUCUCCACCAAGGAUUCGAUCGGGAAGUUCCGGGGCAAGUACCUAACGGGCGAUGUGGACUUUUCCGAUGGCAUCGGUCGCAAGAAUCGGCUCGGUUAUGACGCACGCAGCAUGGAGUACGAGCUGGCGGGUGAAGGUGAGCGGGAAACUCCUCUGCAGCGUUGCCAUCGUCUCAAGUGCGAAAUGAACGAGCUGAUGGAAGAAAUUGAAGCUUCCCGUGCGGAUACGGGUCGGACGGCGGAGGAGAAAGCUUCGUACGAGACGGUGUUCGGGGUGGUGAGUACCGCGAAGAAGGUGCUGGAGAGUCUGAAGCUAGAGCAGGUCAUCGGUAGCGAAGUGGUUGCCGGGGGCGGUGAUGCGGAAGCCAAGAAACUAAUCGCCCAGAUCGAAGAGUACAAGAAGACGGGUGCCGUCACGAGCAGCGAUCCGAAGCUGGUAGCGAACGAGCUGAUGCAGAGUGCCCGCGUAGCACAACUGGAACAUCGGCUGCACCAGCUGGAGGUGGCCGUCGGUGCAAAGCCGGAGCGUAUCAGCCGGCUGGCGGGGACCACCGGUACGGGCAAUCUGAUCGAGGCGGUGCAGAACAUAUCGGCCAAGGCGGCACUGUUGCAACCGUCCCAGCUGGAUACGGUCGAGCAGCGGUUGAACAAUCUGCUGCAGCAGAUGAACAGCAUACAGGAGAAAUCGAACGCCACGGGGCAGGAUCCGAACCGGGAGCAAAAGAUCUUGGAGCUUUACGAAAUAGCGAAAAGUACCGAACCGAUCGUCCAGAUCCUUCCCGAUAUGCUGCACCGUAUGCAAACGCUGGAAUCGUUGCACAAAUACGCUACAAACUUUAGCAAACUGUUUGCCGAACUGGAAACCACGCAAGCAUCCAUCCUGAACGGUGUGGCCGCCAACAAAACGCUACUCACCGGCGUGCAGGAAGCUUUCGCCCAGAACCUAGAAAACGUCAACAAGGAGGUGAAGAAGCUCGAGGAACGCAUGACCAAACUGCAGCAGACGAUCAAGUAGAUCGGCUUCGUCCAAUGGUCAUUCCAUCAUCGUGUGUGUGUGUGGUGGUAAGAUGCUUCUUAAUUAUUCCAUUUGCAACACCGCACGUCGUCUGUCGUCGCGUUUGCCGUACGCUCAGAUAUUGGAUAUUUAUUUAAUCGCAAUUUAUUUUUAAUUAAUUGGUCAAUACGGAGAACAGCGCAACUGUGUGUCUGUGUGUGUGUGUGUAAGCCACACAAUUCUAUUUCCGGCAAAAUGUACUCUCCCGCCACAAGUAAUAGCCCCUAAA